UGCAGCCCUGGUCAGAAAGUAAAACAGCUGGCAGUUUAAACAACAUUUCUUAUUUAUCAAAGAAAUAAAGAUGAUAAAAGCUAUACUCGUUUUUAACAACCAUGGAAAGCCGAGGCUAUCCAAAUUCUAUCAGUAUUUUGAUGAAAGCCUGCAACAACAAAUAAUCAAGGAGACUUUUCAGCUGGUUUCCAAGCGGGAUGAUAAUGUUUGUAACUUUCUGGAGGGCGGAAGCUUAAUUGGCGGAUCGGACUAUAAGCUUAUCUAUCGGCAUUAUGCCACGCUGUACUUUGUUUUCUGCGUGGACUCCUCAGAAAGCGAAUUGGGAAUCCUGGACUUGAUACAGGUCUUUGUGGAAACCCUCGACAAGUGUUUCGAGAAUGUCUGUGAGCUGGACUUGAUAUUCCACGCCGAUGCAGUGCACCACAUACUGUCAGAAUUGGUAAUGGGCGGAAUGGUGCUGCAGACCAAUAUGAACGACAUAAUGGCCAGGAUCGAGGAGCAGAACAAGAUCGUCAAGCAGGAGGCGGGAAUAUCGGCUGCUCCUGCUCGAGCUGUGAGCGCCGUGAAGAGUAUGAACAUUCCACAACAGAUCAAGGACAUUAAGCUGCCUGAUCUGCCGCAGGCAAUCAAGGACUUCAAGUUCUGACAAAUCUCACACCUGCCUAUAAUCUGUUGAAACUAGUGCUUUGCCGCAGUCCUUCAAGAAUUUCCAACAGCAAUUGACAUACUCCUGGAUUGUUGUUUCCGUAAUCUUAGGUCCCACUGAUUCAAUGUAUCUCCCUCUACCGAAUAAAUACGCAAAAUAAUUACUAAUAGCAAA